AUGGGACAGAGAUUCACCCUUCUGCUCAUCUUUCUGGGCGUGCAGGUUGGGGCAGGAGCCUUCAAAAUCUGUGCUUUCAACAUACGCAGUUUUGGGAGAGCCAAGGCAGCAAACCGGAGGGUCAUGGGAGCUCUUGUCCAGGUGAGUUUGUGAUUGAUUUGGACCAAGGGCAAUGGUGAUAACAGUGCUUCAUUAGUUUAAUGAGCAAUUCUUGCUCUCAGCCCUGCUCAGAAACCAUAAACUGUAUCCCUAACCAUAGAGAUCUGGGGGCAGCUGCGGUUAUGGCAGAGGUAAAAGCACUGUGGAUGACAGGCUGCAAAUGUAUUCCUGCUACAGUGAUAAGCAAAUAGAAUCAUAGAAUUAAUAGGGACCUGAAGGGUAGUCUAGUCCAACUCUCUGCAAUGCAGGAAUCUCAACUAAAGCAUCCAUGGCAGAUGGCCAUGAGCAAAGAGCAGGAAGAAAAAUGUGCCAGCUACUCCACAAGCUGAGAGAUUUAAGACCAUGUAACAAAAAUGAAUUCUGAGCAGGAGGUCUUUCAGUUGAGGCAGUCUGACAAGCAGCUAAGUUCAAAGGCCUGCUCUUGCAUGUAUUAAAGUUGGGUUUAAUUGCAAACAUAGGAAUUUUAAGAGCAUAUAUCUCAUAACUAAGGGCCGCGGGUGGCGCUGUGGGUAAAACCUCAGUGCCUAGGACUUGCCGAUCGUAUGGUCGGCGGUUCGAAUCCCCGCGGCAGGGUGAGCUCCCGUCGUUCGGUCCCAGCUCCUGCCCACCUAGCAGUUCGAAAGCACUCUUAAGUGCAAGUAGAUAAAUAGGUACCGCUUUAUAGCGGGAAGGUAAACGGCGUUUCUGUGCGCUGCGCUGGUGCUGGCUCGCCAGUUGCAGCUUCGUCACGCUGGCCACGUGACCCGGAAGUGUCUUCGGACGGCGCUGGCUCACGGCCUCUAGAGCGAGAUGAGCACGCAACCCUAGAGUCGGACAUGACUGGCCCGUACGGGCAGGGGUACCUUUACCUUUAUAUCUCAUAACUAUAGCAGUGCUAAGGGAAGAGGUCAAGUUCAGUGAUAGAGCAUCUGCUUUGCAUGCAAAAGGUCCCGUGUUUAAAUCUUGGCAUUGCUAAGACUGUUGUCUGAAAGCUGGAAAGCUGCUGCCAGUCAAUGUAGAUACUAAGCAAGAUGGUUCAGUGUCUGGCUUGGUAGAAGGCAUCUGUCUAAUACAAGUCACACAACCCUUGUUUUUAAGCAAAGGGAUGUGUGCUUUUGACAAACAUUGGCCCACUUGAUUUUUUUUAUAAUGUCAGUGCAAUGUAUAGAAACCACACAUUGGUCAGCUUCACACUGAUUGGAGUGCUUAAGCAAUUCCUAAUUCAUCUCUAGGAAAGACCUGAAAACCUUUGCAUGGAAUCUUAAGAGACAGAAUUGUAGAGUUGGAAGGGAUCCUGAGGGUCAUCUAGUCCAACCCCCUGCAAUGCAGAAAUCUCAGCUAAAGCCCUCUGCUUAAAAACCUCCAAGGAAAGAGAAUUCACCACCUUCUGAUGGAAUCCAUUCCACUGACAAACAGCUCUUAACGUCAGAAAGUUAUUUUUGAUGUUUAGUCAGAAUCUCCUUUCUUAUAACUUGAAGCCAUUGCUUUGGGUUCUAUCCUCCACAGCAGAAGAAAACAAGUUUGCUCCAUCUUCUAUGUGACAUCCCUUUCACAUUCCUUUGGAGUUGGCUAUCAUAGUCUCCUCUUUUGCAGUCUAAACAUACCCAACUCCCACAACCCUUCCACUUAAGUCUUGGUUUCCAGGGCCUUGUCCAUCCCCACCAUGUCAACGUCCCUGGUCACCGCAUGCUAAGGCAGUGAUAUGAACAAAUGCUGCAUUUGUUUACCUUUGAUCAUUCUUUCCAAUCUGUUUACUUAAGAGUUUGGCGAGAUCUUGUGAGAUCUGGCAGAUGUUGAUGCUGCUUCUCCACCAGGGCAGAGGUGGAAGGGCUGCUGCUCCACUCUGCUCACGAGUGGAGGGGGCCUGGUGCCUACAUUCCUUUCUGUUACUAAUUAAUUCAUCCCACACGUCAAUGGAUUUCCCCAUCACUUCCUGCACCACAAACAGUCUGGUUACUGUUGUUUUUAAAAAGCGGGCAACAAAGCACUCUAAUCCACUAUGAAGUUCUGCAGAACAGUGGCAAUGCGGAAGCGACCAGGACCAAGGGAAAGGGGGAAAUAUGUGUGACAGUGACAAUGCCCAGAGCACCUUAUUGCCCUGACCACCCACUCUUCUCCCUCUGCCAGAUCCUCUCUCGCUGUGAUAUUUCUGCCAUCCAAGAGGUGCGAGACUCCAGGGGUGCAGCUAUUCAGACGUUGCUGCGGGAGCUGAACAGGUAGUACCAGCAGAGGCUGCUAAUCAUAGACCUAGUCAAAAUAGGUGUGUGGGGAGAUCGCACAGUUAGUUUAUUUUUAUUCACAGGGAGAUUUCUUUUUUUAUUGUGGGGGAGCAUUCUAACAAGGCUUCCCCGCCCCCCAUUGCUCCAUUCUUCAUCUGAGGAUCCUGUACCACCCCAUUCUGUUAUUAGGCAAAGUGGCAUCUUGAACUCUUUAUCCCUGGCAGGUAUGAUCCCUCUCAUCACUACAGCCGCCUGGAGAGCAAGAGGCUGGGGCGAGGCAGCUACAAGGAGCAGAAUAUCUUUGUGUAUCGGUAAUGUCUGGGGGAGCUGGGAACAUGACUAAAUCAGAGCCCCAGGAACCAAAAUCCAACUCUGGCCUAUAUAUGCAUGUAUAUAACUCCCCCUCUCCCAGGAUAGUAUUUUACGGGGUGGCCAUUUUGUUACCCAAGGUGAAGGACAAAAUGAUACCUGCCUUUCUCCAUUUCAAGCACCAAAGCUGAGCAGUGUGAGAAUUUAUUACUUAUUUCAGUAAUAAACACCCAAGUCACUAGGCAGUAAGGCUAAAAAGAUACAGUGAAUAUGAAAUCAGUUAAAACUAACCAAAAAAUCUGAAAACAUAGCUAAAAUGCCUGCUGAUUUUUAAAGAAAGAAGAAAACAUUUUCACUAGAUGUCAAAACUUCUCAGCUGUGGGUUCCACAGAAAUGGAUCCACAGUACUGAACAUACAAUAUGUGCUAGAAGCUGACCAGAAUGGCUGGGUGAGGUAUAACAACAACAACAACUUCCUUGCACUGCUGUUCCCCUCCUGCCUACCCACCUAGCUACGGCAUCUACCAGCUGAGGCAGCCACCUCACUGCCUAACGGUAGGGCCAAUUCUGGUAUUUUAAUUGCCAAUCAAUUAUAACACAUUUUAACAAUGUGCAUUUCCAUAUUUGUUACCCCUAUAAUCCCACCCUUCCUCCAAAACUAUUUUUUAGCCUCAGAAAAAUGUAUUUGGGCAAACUGGGGUAUGAGACAAUAAUUUUCCAGCGAACUUUGUUUUGGCUGAGCAGCAAUUUCAGUCUGGAUUUGCCACAUAUAAAGCUGGACUUAAGUGUCCAUCCACUACUCCACACCUGCUCAUUAGUGUUGGGUCUCGCAGCUCUGGUUUGUAGUUGGGGAAACAAGGCCUGGAUCUCCUGAGGAUAUAAACCUGUGUUUGGGCUGAGACUUUGGCCUGCUGACAGAGGCUUACCUGAUUUAAUCAUAAUAAUAACCCCUUCACAAAGACAGAUUGCAAAUCGGGGUGAAAGGGAGCAACUGGGUGCUGACAUCUAGCUUGCUUUAUGUGUGUGUGUGUGUGUGUGUGUGUGUGUGUGUGUGUAUAUAUAUAUAUAUAUAUAUACACACACACAUAUAUAUUAAAAAAGGAUAGAGGAACAUUCAGUUGUGAGAGCUUCCACUUGCAGGCUCUGUAUUGGAACAAAACCAGACACAGGUUUACUUGGAUAAGAACUCAUUCAAAGGCACACAGACCCAAAUCUCCCAGAUCCAAGUUCACCCUCAUAUUCAACAGUCGAGAGAGAGAGAUUAUGCCUACUUUAACCUUUUGAGGAAUGAAGGCUCCUUGGAUGCAUCUUCCCUCUGAUGCCUACUUUUUUUACCUUGACAGAAUGGAUGUUGUGUCAGUUACUGAUUGGUGCCAGUUUGGGGAUGAGGAUGCCAGAAAUUACAAGGCAUUUGCCCGGGGGCCCUUUGCCGCUCGCUUUCACUCUCCAUACACAGGUAACACCCAGUUUCUCCACACAGAGGUCUCAAUUGCUCUGGAUACUUGUCCACAGAUUCUUGGUGAUCCAGGAGCUGUUAUCUCCAAGGCAGUUAUGGAAGAUUACCUCGGUUUUAGGACUGAAAGCCUGGUAUUUCUUAUGGUCCGUUCUUAACCUGAAACUGUUCUUAACCUGAAGCACCACUUUAGCUAAUAGGGUUUCCUGCUGCCGCCGCCGUGCAAUUUCUGUUCUCAUCCUGAAGCAAAGUUAUUAACCCCAGGUACUUUUUCUGAGUUAGCGAAGUCUGUAACCUGAAGCGUAUGUAACCUGAAGCGUAUGUAACCCGAGGUACCACUGUAUAGCCCUAGUUGGAUGGUUCAGUGGUGCUUAGGGUAGAUGAGGAAACAGAAGAAAUUGAAUGUAUUGAGAAGCUGAGGUAAAGGAGCUAGCUCUUGUUAAGUGUGCAUGUGUGUAAUAACAGCCACUAAGAGGAAAGAGUAGGGAGAUCAGUAGUGAAACCUCUCCCAUCAUCUGAACUGCUGUCUUCCACCCCACAGCUAUCCUAGAUUUUGUGCUACUUUUACACCACACCAGUCCUCGGGAAGCUGCCCAAGAGCUUGAGCUGCUGUUUGGAGUGUGCACAGAACUGAUGCAACGGUGGAAAACUGAGGUAUAUUAUGGGGGCAGAUGUUGUAAACUCAGCAAGUCACUAAGAACAUAAAAGUCCUGCUGGAUCAGAUGACUAAUCUAGUCCAGCACCCUGUUCUCACAGUGGCUGACCAGAUGUGUAAUAGGACAUUCUCCUUCUCCCGAUUCCCAGCAACUAGCCUUCAGUCUCAUGCCACCUCCUCUAGUGGAGAUGCUACUCACAUACAACCCUUUCCUUGUGAUCUGAAUAGAAUGUGAUGCUGCUGGGAGAUCUGAAUGCUGCUGGUGCCUACAUCCCAGCAAGUGCUUGGGCUGGGAUCCGCCUGCGCAAUCACCUUGCUUUCCACUGGCUCAUUGGUGACGGAGAGGACACCACAGUCAGCCACCGGACCUGCUGUGCCUAUGACAGGUACCAGAGGACACUUUUCAGCUCCUCACCCAUUCUCAACAUGCUUCCUCUUACUCCCGAAAACAAUCCAAUAUUUGCCAGCCUUUCAAGCAAGCAUGCCAGACAGAAAGUAAGCCCUGAGGAGAUUGUGUCACUUACAGUGUAUACCAUAUGCCCUUUUUUGGUGUGGUUUUGCUUCUGGUAUGUUGAGCUGGAGAGCAGACAACACUAGAGGCAGAGACUACUCCUGAUCUGUGCCAUAGCCAGGCCAAGAGCUAACCUGGCACACUAGACUCCUGCUUUGUGUCACGUUAAGUUGGCUAUGCUCUUUUUGUUGGGGGCAGAGACCCAUUACACUCCCACUUUUGUACUCUGUCCUCCCAUGCUAGGAUUAUAGUCCAUGGAGAAGAGCUGCUUGGCGCCAUUGUACCCAGAUCUGCCAAGCCUUUCAACUUCACACAAGCACUUGGACUAUCGGAGGAAGAGGUGGGUGUAAUUGGGCUCCUUUCUUAACUGGCUGCUAGUUUGAAUAUGAUGUAGAGACCUGAAUAAUCCACACCAUUUCAUUCCUACAGGCCCUAGCAAUCAGCGACCACUAUCCGGUAGAGGUGAAUCUUCGGCUUGCUCCGAAAGCCCAGCGAGAGCUCUAAACCGUCAACCAUCCUUUUGGCUAUAGAAGCAAGGGCAAUGGCAGGGCAAAAAGAGACCAACUUCUCUGACUAUUCCAUUCAGCAAGACCCGUCUAGGGCAGCAGUGGAACUGCUAUACAGUAAAAGCAGUCCAAUGCACAUACACUUCCCCCGCUCUGCACCUUGCCUCCAGCAUGAAAGCCAAGAUGACAGAAGCGCCCCAUCUACGUUGUAGCUAGGGCUUGCAAGCCUACAUGCAGGCCUAUCCAGGUGUGCCACAAAAUUCACCACCCAAGCUUAGGGCUGGGUGAAUGGUAAAUAUCCUACAUGUGUCGUAGGCAUUAGGUGCAGCAUUCAGCUUCCUUAGAAACUAUAGAGUUUUUAAAGAAGUAUCUUUCUUUCUUUCAGCUGUCAUCUAUAUCCCAUCCUUUAACCCCAGAAACUCCCAACACUGUUUAUCCUAGAUAAUCCAAUUUUUGUUUCGGUUGAACCAACCAACCCUGACGAAGCAGGAUACUGCCUCAGUAAGCCAUACAUCUAUAAUGCACACACAACACAACUGUGGUUGUGCAGUGCAGGGCAAUAUUAGUAAUAGAGGAUAAGCUGUCUGAAAUGGCCCCCUUCCCAAUCUGCUCUGAAUUACAAGGCAACCUUUUCCUGCUUACUUUGCCCUGGAAGUCUUACAGGUUUUUUUGCCCCAUCCUUAGGAAUGCUUAUGGGAGACCAGCCUGAGGGAUUAGCUACUGUGAGAAUUGUCUUGUGUGACACUGACAAAGGUUUACAGAUAUUCAAAUUCAUUACAGUGGUACCUUGGGUUAAGUACUUAAUUUGUUACGGAGGUCCAUACUUAACCUGAAACUGUUCUUAACCUGAAGCACCACUUUAGCUAAUGGGGCCUCCUGCUGCCGCCUUAGCACAAUUUCUGUUCUCAUUCUGAAGCACUA